AUGGCAUACUCUGCAGAUCCUUUCGCCAAGUUCCUGGCGGAGCUCCGUCUCCGUAUCAUCAUGUCGACAAACUGCACUGCGACGAUAUCACGACUGAUCCGAGCCUCCCCGUCCAUGCUUCAACAAUAUCUUGCGGAUAAAAAAUACAUCCAACGAUAUAUUAUUGACUAUGAUGAAGACAUGAUACAAGACGCCAUGGCAAUUGUUCUAAUUCUACGCUUGUGUCGAACUAGCAAACAAGCUCCAGAUGAAAAUACUAUAACGAACGCCCGAGCAGUUUUACAAGAUUGGUCUAUUGGCCAACUUCCACAUCCUAUCCAACACAAUUCCGACCACGUCACGAGCCAACUUAACGAAUUGCACAAUCGAAUCUUGUUUUUCGUAGAAGACUACAUCAUCAAAGCCACGGCGUCCUUUCCUCCCAGAGAUUAUCGUUGUCUGCCUCAGGUGCAGCAGACAUCAGCCGAUAGGCAUCUUAUGUUCAAAGGUGUGAAGGUGGCGCCGCGAUUCAAUUCCGCAUACCUCACAGCCUCGGAAAAGAAAAGAAUGUUCAAAGCAUUUCUGAGGCACGAGCUAAUGUGCAGGGCCAGCACACUGUUUCCUGACGAAAACGGCCUGCCAAAACGCUUGAUCAGCAGAGCGGAGUCGGAAGGUAUCAACUGUGUCCAUGACUACUACUGCUCUGUCUACGGCGCAAUCUUUGCUCAGUGCAACAAUGCCCAAUGCAGCAAUGCUCAGCUCCCGAGUAGUUCAGAGGGGAUGCCACUUGAGACCGAGCUAAUGUUUCCCGACACGUUCCAUUUCGAUGCAAAUAGUUAUGCACAUAAGCUGUUUCCCGACUUCGCGUUUUGGUUCUCACGUCUCGGGCUCGAUCGUCUCGCCGAUUUUCUCCGUUAUGACAUGGCUAAAGACGAUGAGAGAGAGGCCCUCAAGCUUCAAAUCCAAUACAAGUGGUUUGGUGGUGGCAAGAAACACAGCCUGGGCUGGGACAUGCCAUUCGGAACCAUUUUUAAGCACCCGAAACUCAGCGACAACAUUGGCCACGAUUCACCUAUUUUCAAUCAACUUGAUGGAUCUUUUGAACAAGUAAUCCAAUGGGAUAUCGCGCGGCAAAGGGCUUGGGUGUUUUUUGACAACACUCGCUUUUACCCUCGAGAGACCACUGAACGACCGAACUUCCCAUCAAGCAAUUUACUCAAGGAAAAAUGCAUCCAAGAAACCUUUAACGACGAGUGGUUCUAUCACUCUUACGCAAUGAAAGCUAUGCGAAGAGUAAAGUUGGCCCGUGAAGAGCGGGACAGGGCGGGGUUACCAGAGGUUGAAUGGCACCGUGCCUGUCCUGUACUAUCAAGCGGGUUAUCAUAUUCGGGAGGCUAG